AUGGCGAACAGACUCAACUAUAAACAGAUUGGAGAUGACUUGUGGAAAGGCAGGACAGAGAAGAUAAACGCAGAACUAUUCUCAUUCACUUAUGGCGCUCUUGUUGUUCAGCUCAUACAGGACUACGAAGACUAUCAGGAAGUGAACAAGCAGUUAGAGAAGAUGGGGUACAAUAUCGGCACUAGACUGAUAGAGGACUUUAUGGCUCGUUCAAACUUAGGUCGAUGCACAGACUUUCGCGAAGUAGGGGAAGUAGUCGCCAAGGUCGGGUUCAAGUCCUUCCUAAACCUCACACCGCUCAUAACCCACUCCUCACCCCCUGCCCCCAUCUCCUCCCCUUCCCCCGCCCCGGCCCCCACGCCCGCAGGAAGCGCACCCCGCCCUUCCCCUGGCUCCAGUUUCGUCCUCACACUAGAAGAGAACCCCCUGGCUGAGAUGGUAGACCUGCCUGAGGAAGCUGUGGAGGGGGGGUUGUGGUGGAGUAAUGUGCUGUGUGGGGUGUUGAGGGGGAGUUUGGAGAUGGUACAGCUCCAAGUGGAAGCCAUAUUCCUCUCCGACGUCCUCAGGGGUGACGAGACGACCGAGAUUAGGGUCACGCUCAAGCGGUAUUUGGAGGAGGAGGUGCCGGCUGGGGAGGAUUAG